UGAUGUGUUGAUGUGAUGUUAGGAUGAGUGAGAAAACCACACAUGGAUUGGAGGUUAGAGACGGCUGUAGAGAACAACGAAGUCGGUGAGGUGGAAGCUCUUUUGAAUGCAGGAGCCUCACCUGAUGCGUGUGGUAGUGAUGGAUGUCCUGUACUUGUGACAGCUUGUUAUAAUGGCUACAUUUCCAUUGCACAAUUUUUCUUACAGAAAGGAGCAAAUGUUAACAAAGCAACUCCUAGUGGUGUGACUGCUUUAAUGUGGGCAGCAUUUCAUGGUUAUGAUUCACUAAUUGUUAUGUUAUUAUCAGCUAAUGCUGAUGGUAAUCUGAAGGCUGAGGAUGGUGAAAUCAAAGGACAAAUUCACUCAUUUGAGUCACUGCUGUUAUUUGAUAGUCAAGCAGGGCAUGAUCUUUCAAUUUAUGAGCUAGAGGCUUUAACUCAAGAUGUAAACGGUUUGCUUACAAAUUGACACAGAGCUUGCCAACUAAUCGCUCUAGGGUCAAACUAUCACAAGCUCAGCAAAAAUAAUGCUCCAUCUAAAUGCGUGCUAUAGUGCAAACAUGGAUAUUGCUUCAACCACGCAGGCUGGAAAUGCAACUUGCCCUUGAUUCAUGCUUCAACGUUCGGGGAUAGAAUGAUGGAUGCAGAUUAGACUCUUUGGUUAAGAUUUUAUUCUGACUUCUCUGGUGAGGUCAUGCAAAGUCAACGUGACAUUUCAAAAGUUUGUCAAUGUCCCCUUCAGCGAUAGUCCUAUCAAGAUUGACACAGACGUCUGCAAGACCAUCAGUUGGAGAGUCUAUAGUAAAAUAAUUAAUAAUACAGUUGAAUGUAAAAUAGAAAUAUUAGUAUCUUCUUGAUACCGUAAAAUUCAAAUCAUAGGACACCGAUUAAUUAAAUUAAGCUAUUGCCACAUUUUGUCUUGCAAAAUGCUGAAGAAAAAGAACAAUAGAAAAGGUCGUCCUUCUAAAUGGUGUAAAAGCAAUGAGUUUUACUGUAUAGUCUACA